AUGAAUAGAUACACGACAAUCAGGCAGCUCGGGGAUGGAACCUAUGGUUCCGUCCUGCUGGGAAGAAGCAUUGAGUCUGGGGAACUGAUUGCUAUUAAAAAAAUGAAAAGAAAGUUUUAUUCCUGGGAGGAAUGCAUGAACCUUCGGGAGGUUAAGUCCUUAAAGAAGCUCAACCAUGCCAAUGUAGUAAAAUUAAAAGAAGUUAUUAGGGAAAAUGAUCAUCUUUAUUUUAUCUUCGAGUACAUGAAGGAAAAUCUUUACCAGCUCAUUAAGGAAAGAAAUAAGUUGUUUCCCGAGUCUGCUAUAAGGAAUAUCAUGUAUCAGAUAUUGCAAGGACUUGCAUUUAUUCACAAACACGGCUUCUUCCAUCGAGACUUAAAGCCUGAGAACCUUCUCUGCAUGGGACCAGAACUUGUGAAAAUUGCAGACUUCGGAUUGGCACGAGAAAUCCGAUCAAGACCUCCAUACACAGACUACGUGUCUACCAGAUGGUAUAGGGCUCCAGAAGUGCUCCUGAGGUCCACCAACUACAGCUCCCCCAUUGAUGUCUGGGCCGUGGGCUGCAUCAUGGCAGAGGUGUAUACUCUCAGGCCGCUCUUUCCUGGGGCCAGCGAAAUUGACACGAUAUUCAAAAUUUGCCAAGUGUUGGGGACACCAAAAAAGACUGACUGGCCUGAAGGCUACCAACUUUCAAAUGCUAUGAACUUCCGCUGGCCCCAGUGCGUACCCAGUAACUUAAAGACCUUGAUUCCCAAUGCUAGCAGUGAAGCAAUUCAGCUCCUGAGAGACAUGCUUCAGUGGGAUCCCAAGAAACGACCAACAGCUAGUCAGGCACUUCGAUAUCCUUACUUCCAGAUUGGACAUCCACUGGGCAUCACUGCACAAAGCCUUCAGGAUUCAGGAAAAUCACAGAAAGACAUCCUGGAGAAGGCAGGCCCAUCUCCUCAUAUUAAGCCAGUCCCUCCUGCCCAGCCCCCAACCAAGCCACACACACGGAUUUCUUCACGGCAACAGCAAGCCAGCCAGCCACCUCAGCAUCUCAUAUACCCCUACAAAGCAGAGGUCUCCAGGACAGAUCACCCCAGCCAUCCGCAGGAGGACAAGCCCAGCCCGUUGCUUUUCCCAUCCCUCCACAACAAAAAUCCUCAGUCGAAAAUAUUAGCUGGCCUGGAGCACAAAAAUGGUGAGAUCAAGCCAAAUAGUAGGAGAAGGUGGGGUCUUAUUUCCAGGUCAACAAAGGAUUCCGAUGAUUGGGCUGACUUGGAUGACUUGGAUUUCAGUCCAUCCCUCACCAGGAUUGACCUGAAAAACAAGAAGAGACAGAGCAAUGACACUCUCUGCAGAUUUGAGAGUGUUUUGGACCUGAAGCCCUCUGAGCCCAUGGGUACAGGAAAUAGUGCCCCCACCCAGACUUCAUAUCAGAGGCGCGACACACCCACUCUGAGAACCGCGGCCAAGCAGCACUACUUGAAACACUCUCGAUACUUGCCAGGAAUAAAUAUAAGGAAUGGCAUACUCCCGAAUCCAGGCAAGGACUUUAUUCCAUCUAAUCCAUGGUCUAGUUCCAGUUUGUCUGGAAAAUCUUCAGGGACAGUAUCAGUAAUCAGCAAAAUAAAUUCAGUUGGUUCCAGCUCUACGAGUUCUAGUGGAUUGACUGGAAACUAUAUUCCUUCCUUUUUGAAAAAAGAAAUUGGUUCUGCUAUACAAAGGGUACACCUGGCACCUCUUCCAGACCCUUCCCCUGGUUAUUCUUCUCUGAAGGCUGUGAGACCUCAUCCUGGGCGACCUUUCUUCCACACCCAGCCUAGAAGCACUCCUGGGUUGAUACCACGGCCCCCAGCCGCCCAGCCAGUACACGGCCGGACAGACUGGGCUUCCAAAUACGCAUCUCGGCGAUGACUGUCUCAGUGAUGAAGCCUUCUGCGGGGGAAAGCAGGACACUUUCCCUUGGCCAACUCACGUUCUGUCUGCAAGAAAUGUGCAGAUAGUGUGAAAGCAAACACUUUAUAGUUAUUCUUCUGAAACUAAAACAUUUCAAUAUUCUUUAAAGUUUUUUUUAAAUAUUGAUUUGAAUGCAAUACCCUUUU